AAUCAGCUGCAGGCGUACUACAGCCAGGAGAACCGCGUGCUCUACCUGGUGCUCACCUCCAUCUGCGACACGCCGCAGCUGCUGCGGGCCUGCGGGGACCUGGCCAGGGCCGAGAACAGGGAGGCUGGGCCCGGACAUCCCUCUGGUGGGCCGGCACCCCUGCCCCACGCCGAGGCACACGAGUUUUGGAAGCACCAGGAGAAGCUGCACUGCCUGAGCCUCCUCUACCUCUUCUCUGUCUGCCACAUCCUGCUGCUGGUGCAUCCCACCUGCUCCUUUGACAUCACCUACGACCGUGUUUUCAGGGCUCUGGAUGGGCUGCGGCAGAAGGUGCUGCCCUCCCUGAAAGCUGCCAUCAAGGACUGCCCCGUGGGCAAGGAGUGGAAGCUCAACUGCAGGCCGUGCCCUCCACGCCUCCUCUUUCUCUUCCAGCUCAACGGGGCUCUGAAGGUGGAUCCCCUGCCAAGCAGGGGCCAGGACCCCUGUGGUCACCUGGAAAAGCCACCCCCCAAGAAGCAUUCCCCCAAGAGGAGGCUGCAGCAUGCUCUGGAGGAUCAGAUCUACCGCAUCUUCCGCAAGAGCAGGGUGCUGACCAACCAGAGCAUCAACUGCCUCUUCACCGUGCCUGCUAACCAGGCUUUCGUGUACAUCGUGGCUGGUGGGCCCCAGGAUGGAGAUGACCCAGUGGCCAUGCUGCUGGACCAGCUCAGGAGCAACUGCACCAUGAGAGAGACUGACUCUCUGCUGACUCCCGCCCUGUCGGGACCCAGGAGGUACCAGAUGAUGAGACAUGGCAGGCAGCAGCUCUCCUUCCACGCAGAGAGCACCAGCAGCAGCUCCAGCUCCUCUGGGCAGCUUGUGGACUGCACCCUCAAGGAGUUCUUGUGGCAGCACGUGGAGCUGGUGCUCAGCAAGAAGGGCUUCGAUGACAGCGUGGGGAGGAACCCGCAGCCCUCACACUUCGAGCUCCCAACCUACCAGAAGUGGGUUGCUGCAGCUUUGAAACUGUAUGAAGUGACCAUUGAAGGCAAAGAUGAUGACCCCACCACUGGGGAGCUGAGCUCCAAAAUCAUGAGCAGCAUCAAAGUCUUGGAAGGUUAUUUAGAUAUAGACACCAAGUUCUCAGAAAACCGUUGCCAGAAGGCUCUGCCCAUGGCCCACAGUGCCUACCAGUCCAACCUGCCCCACAAUUACACCAUGACAGUCCACAAGAACCAGCUGGCCCAGGCCCUGCGGGUGUACAGCCAGCACGCCCGUGGCCCAGCCUUCCACAAGUAUGCCAUGCAGCUCAACGAGGACUGCUACAAGUUCUGGAGCAAUGGGCACCAGCUCUGUGAGGAGAGGAGUUUGACUGACCAGCACUGUGUGCACAAGUUCCAUCUGCUCCCAAAAGCAGGGGAAAAGCCAGAAGCAGACAGAAACCCUCCCAUCCUGUACCACAACAGCCGCGCUCGUUCCACCGGUGCCUGUAACUGUGGGAGGAAACAAGCUCCUCGGGAGGACCCCUUUGAUAUCAAAGCAGCCAAUUAUGACUUCUACCAGCUGCUGGAAGAAAAGUGCUGUGGGAAACUGGAGCACAUCAACUUUCCCAUAUUUCAGCCAAGCACACCUGAUCCGGCGCCUGCUCGGGAUGAGUCAUCGCCUGCUCCUCCGGAAGGAGAGAUUGAGAAACUCAAGGAGAAAGAACCUCAGACUCAGGGAGAAAGCACAGGCCUGAGCUUGGCCCUCAGCCUGGGCCAGUCCACAGGCAGCCUGGGCACUUACCCACCCGAUGCCCAGGGUGGAGCAGACAAUGCAGAGGGUCAUGGGCAGAGUGGGGACUCCAAAAGUGAGAAGAGGCCGAGCCUGGUGGAUCGCCAAGCGUCCACCGUCGAGUACCUCCCUGGGAUGCUCCACUCCAAUUGUCCCAAAGGCCUGUUACCCAAAUUCUCCAGUUGGUCACUGGUUAAGCUGGGCCCUGCUAAGGCUUAUAACUUCCACACAGGCUUAGAUCAACAAGGCUUUAUCCCAGGAACAAACUAUUUAAUGCCUUGGGACAUUGUCAUCAGGACAAGAACUGAAGAUGAAGGAGACUUAGACACCAAUUCCUGGCCUGCACCUAACAAGGCUGUUCCUGGGAAAAGAAGUGCAGUUGUGAUGGGAAGAGGCAGACGGAGAGACGACAUCGCUCGAGCUUUCGUAGGGUUUGAAUACGAAGACGCACGUGGGAGGAGGUUCAUGUGCUCAGGGCCUGAUAAGGUCAUGAAGGUGAUGGGAGGAGGACCAAAGGAAUCUGCCAUCAAAGCCCUCAAUUCUGACAUGCCCCUGUACAUCUUGUCCUCCACGCAGGGACGAGGCCUCAAGCCACACUAUGCUCAGUUCAUGAGGCUCUUUGUGGUGGUUCCUGAUGCUCCACUGCAGAUCACAUUAACACCUCAGGUUCAACCAGGGCCACCACCUUGUCCUAUAUUCUACCCUGAGAAGCAGGAGAUCACCCUCCCCUCCGAUGGGCUGUGGGUGCUUAGGUUCCCUUAUGCGUACGUCACCGAGCGCGGUCCCUGCUUUCCUCCCAAGGAAAGCCAACAGCUCAUGAGCUACAAAGUUCUCCGAGGGAUACUGAAAGCAAUCACACAGUGAGAGUUCUUUUGGUGGAUUUAAUGUACAUAGACUGUUUUCCAUCCAGUGCAUGGGUUU